AUGGCUGUUGAGGAAUUGGUUGAAGUCAAAUUCAGGCUUGCAGAUGGUAGCGAUAUUGGACCAAGCAAGUAUAGUUCUAGCACAACUGUGGAAUCUCUCAAAGAAAAGAUAAUUGCACUAUGGCCAAAAGAGAAUGAAAAUGGGCCAAAAUCUAUGAAUGAUUUAAAGCUUAUUAAUGCUGGAAAGAUACUGGAAAACAACAGAACAAUUGGUGAAUCCCGACUUCCACUCACUGAAGUUCCAGGAGGUGUAAUCACUAUGCAUGUUGUCGUGCGUCCUCCUCUUCCUGACAAAAAUAGUGAUAAACUGCAAGAUAAUGCCAUGAAGAAAGGAGUACUACAAGCAAAGAUGAUAAGUUUAGUGGUUUGUUGUCAUUCUUGUGUUCAGUUUGAGUGCUUUGACACUGUGCCAAUGGUGAAAUAUCAUGCAGUCCUUUUAAGUGUAAGCAGGCCAAGCUCCUUUGGCAUGGCCUGGUGCAGACCUAUGAAUGAACGAUGCUACAUGUACAUGCCAAGGUCCCCCGAUGACAUCUGUCCCCUUGGCAUGUACGGGGCUACGUGCAGCAUUUUCGCCUAUGAAUAG